CGCAGUCAGACAGAGCAAAGAUGGCGUCGCUGAGUGACAAAUCAGUUUGGGACGAGGUGGAAGAUGGAAUCGGAGAAGAAGUGUUAAAAAUGUCCACAGAGGAGAUAGUCCAGCGCACUCGUCUCCUCGACAGCGAGAUAAAGAUCAUGAAGAGCGAAGUGCUUCGGGUGACUCAUGAGCUCCAGGCCAUGAAGGAUAAAAUCAAAGAAAACACGGAGAAGAUAAAGGUGAACAAAACUCUGCCGUACUUGGUUUCGAACGUGAUUGAGCUGCUGGAUGUGGAUCCCAACGACCAAGAGGAAGAUGGGGCAAAUGUGGAUUUGGAUUCCCAGAGAAAAGGAAAGUGCGCUGUCAUUAAAACCUCCACCCGGCAGACAUACUUCCUGCCGGUGAUCGGGCUGGUGGACGCCGAGAAGCUGAAACCUGGAGAUCUUGUUGGGGUCAACAAAGACUCCUACCUGAUCCUGGAGACCCUGCCCACAGAGUACGACUCCAGAGUUAAAGCCAUGGAGGUGGAUGAGCGUCCCACUGAGCAGUACAGCGACAUAGGCGGCCUUGAUAAGCAGAUCCAGGAGCUGGUGGAGGCUAUAGUCUUGCCUAUGAACCACAAGGAGAAGUUUGAGAACCUGGGCAUCCAGCCACCCAAAGGGGUUCUCAUGUACGGCCCACCUGGUACAGGAAAAACCCUCCUGGCCAGGGCCUGUGCUGCUCAGACCAAAGCUACCUUCCUAAAGCUGGCAGGUCCGCAGUUGGUACAGAUGUUCAUUGGAGAUGGCGCCAAGCUGGUCAGAGAUGCCUUCGCUUUGGCUAAAGAGAAAGCUCCGUCCAUCAUCUUCAUCGAUGAACUGGAUGCUAUUGGAACGAAGAGGUUCGACAGCGAGAAGGCUGGAGAUCGAGAGGUGCAGAGGACCAUGCUGGAGCUGCUCAACCAGCUGGACGGUUUUCAGCCCAACAUGCAGGUCAAGGUGAUUGCUGCCACCAACAGAGUGGACAUCCUGGACCCUGCUCUGCUUCGUUCAGGUCGGCUCGACAGAAAGAUCGAGUUCCCCAUGCCGAACGAAGAGGCCAGAGCUCGCAUCAUGCAGAUUCACUCCCGCAAGAUGAAUGUCAGUCCUGAUGUCAAUUAUGAGGAGCUGGCUCGCUGCACGGAUGACUUCAACGGAGCCCAGUGCAAGGCUGUGUGUGUGGAGGCUGGUAUGAUCGCACUGCGCCGUGGCGCCACAGAGCUCAACCAUGAAGAUUACAUGGAGGGAAUCCUGGAAGUCCAAGCCAAGAAGAAGACCAACCUUCAGUACUAUGCUUAAGGCCACUGCC